CAGCCAGUAACAAUCCAGGAUGGGCAGCAGUGCCCGCCUCUUGAUCUCUCGGCAGGGGAAAAAAAGGGGGCGGGGGCUCUGGAGCGCGCCAAUUCCAAACUUUUGACAUUCCGCGGGCGAGCGGGAGCGUCUGCAAGUGCGGGAGAAGGUCGGGUGCCUUUCUUCCCUUUCGUGUCUGCCAUGCCCGCAGAGGGGAGUCCGGCGCUUCCUCAGGAGGACCCCUUCCCGGUCGCCUCGCCUCCUCACGGGGAGCUUCAGUACCUGCAGCAAGUGGAGCACAUCCUGCGGUUCGGACACAGAAAGGAGGACCGGACCGGGAUCGGGACCCUCUCGGUCUUCGGAAUGCAAGCGCGCUACAGCCUCGGGGAUAAUUUUCCAUUGCUAACAACGAAAAGGGUAUUUUGGAAGGGAGUGCUUGAAGAACUACUUUGGUUUAUAAAGGGCUCUACAAAUGCAAAAGAGCUUUCUGCUAAAGGAGUUAAAAUCUGGGAUGCCAACGGUUCUCGUGAAUUCUUAGACAAGCAGGGAUUCUAUUCCAGAGAGGAAGGAGAUCUUGGCCCAGUUUAUGGCUUCCAGUGGAGACAUUUUGGAGCUGAAUAUAAAGAUAUGCAUAAAGAUUACACAGGACAAGGCAUAGAUCAAUUGCAGCAGGUAAUUGAUACUAUCAGAAAUGAUCCAGAUAACAGAAGAAUUAUCAUGUGCGCAUGGAAUCCUAAAGAUAUAUCUGCAAUGGCUUUACCACCGUGUCAUGCUCUUUGCCAGUUCUAUGUUUUAAAUGGUGAACUGUCUUGUCAGUUAUAUCAGCGUUCUGGAGACAUGGGAUUAGGAGUACCUUUCAACAUUGCCAGUUACUCAUUGCUCACUUCAAUGAUCGCUCAUGUUACAGGCUUGAAGCUUGGUGAGUUCAUACACACACUAGGAGAUGCUCAUGUAUACCUAAACCAUAUUGAGCCUUUGAAAAUCCAGCUUCAGAGGCAACCAAGACCCUUUCCCAAACUCAAAAUUCUUCGGAAAGUUGAAAACAUCAAUGACUUCAAAGCAGAUGAUUUUGAAAUAGAGGGGUAUAAUCCUCAUCCUGCUAUUAAAAUGGAAAUGGCUGUCUAAGUGGACUUGUUGCAAUAUUUCUACGUGCCUUAAUAUUCGGUUUGCAGUGUUUUUAAAGAGCCGUGUUCACUUAGAAGGUCAAAAGGGAAAUCAUUCUGUGAUGAAUGAUCACAGCUGUUACAUGGAAUUUGAAUGGACUAUUUAAAUAUGUACUGUAUUUCAUACAACACUUUUGUAUAGAGGAUACUAGCUGUGAAAGAUAAAUAGGUUAUAUUUUUAUUUGUAUAACAUUUUUCAAAAAAUGCCUAAUAAACUAGAUGCUGUACUGUA